AUGUCGUCUAGAGCUCUGCGGAAAUUACAAAAACAAAAGGAAGUCCAAAAUUUAGAGGUUCAAGAUGACUCGGAAGACAGUGAACCACCUGUCUCAAUAUCCCGGCCAAAGAUCAAUGCUUUUGAUCUAUUAGGUGGCAAGGACGAUGAUAAUGAGAAUGAAUCUGAUGAAGAAAAUCCUCCUACUGAAGAGAGCCAACAGCCUGGCCCACCGUUGGAGGUUUCAAAACCCACAAGCAGCAAGAAGAGGAGAAAGAAGAACAAGAAACAGCAGGCAAAAAAAAGCGCAGACCUGGCUGAUACGAAAACUUUUAACUCUGAGGCCCCGGAAGCUGAUGAGAUAGACAUUGCCCUUGAAGCUUUAGCUCUUAAACAUCCUUCACAAUCCGAGGACCCGAAUCACAAAUCAGGAGGGGCCCAUAAUGACUCCAUCGAGCAGGAAUUAUGCGCGCUCCUAGAAAUAGAUGCCAAGAAGCUUGUUGCUAUGAAUGAAAUGAAAAGACUCUUCGGAAAUGCUGCUGUGGAAAACCGGGCUUCCCCAUCCGAAAAUCCGUCUGGAAACCGGAGACGAGAUCGGAAUAGGCGUGCUCUGGACUUGGGAGCUGCUCUGACAGGGCGAUACAGCCCUGCAAGCCGAGGUCAGGAUCUCUCAGGUGUAGCACUACGUAAAAAUGUGCUUAUGCAAGGGAAAGCUGAGUGGCCCAAGGCGACAAGCGGGGGGCUAGGGAUGGAAGUCGUUCAGAGGUCCUCUGGCGGUGUGGUUGAAUAUGAGAUAGUCCAUAAUAAAGCUUAUAAGGAUGUCCAGCGUCAGUUUGACAUGUGUGUGGAGUCCAUGCAACCUGAAAGAAUGAUCGAGUUGCUUCAGUAUAACCCCUACCAUAUAUCAACAUUACUACAGGUUUCUGAGAUUGCAAAACAUCAAGGGGACCAUGCUGUAUCUGCUGAUCUCUUAGAAAGGGCUUUAUUUAACAUAGGACGUUCGGCUCAAUCUUCCUUUGGGAACAGUUUAAAAGAGGGCAAAGCUAGGCUGGAUUUUACCAUUAAGGAGAACCGUGAGUUAUGGCUUGCAGGAUGGAGGUACGUUAUUAACCUGGGAAUGAAAGGUACCUGGAAAACAGCAUAUGAAUGGACUAAAUUACUCCUGAGCCUUGACCCGGAUGACCCAUACUGUCUAAGCUUGAUUAUCGAUCAUAUCGCCAUAAGGGCAAGAGAACUAGAACAUUUUGUCGACUUGUGUCUAUACCCUAGUUUCAGAGAACGGUGGCAAUCGUUUCCUAACAUUCAGUGCUCCCUUGGCCUGGCGUACAUGUAUUUGAAAAAACCAAAGGAGUGCAGAGAGGUCCUUCAUUCUGCCAUCGCUCGAUAUCCGUGGAUAUUCUGCCGUCUUACCCAAGAACUAAAUAUAUCGCCCGUGCCAAAAGCCAUUUGGGGUGCUCAGGCACCUAGCAAAGCUUACGAAUUGCUUUGUGAACUUUACAUAGCUCGCGCCAAAGACAUAUGGAAUACUCCCGAGGCAACCUCUCUCUUGGUCGAGGUUGCUGAUUCUCUAGUGGCACCUGAGAAACCCCCCAAAGCACCAGAGGUAUCACAGGACAUGGCACGGCAUGUUAUACUAUCAGACAUAUCAUCAGUAACGGCCCACCUCCCACGCCAUUUCACCAUCCGACAAAUAUCGGCUUCGGAUCCCCUACCGCCAAAUGAGGCGGGGUUGUCUACUGUUCGCGCGGCAUCUAUGAUGGACGAAGUGCUUCAACUAUUUGGCGCAAACGAACCAGACCAUAUUCAAACCGGCCACCAAAACCAUGAACAUACCCCUGAGGAUGACGACACCGACUCAGCGGAAGAAUUAGAUAUGGCAGAGGUGUAUCUUCCUCCGUCGCAAGCACCUGAAUGGCUAUCGGCUGAAGGGGCGGAUGAGCUUGCAGGAUUCUUCAGUGUCAAUGGCGUGGAUCCGGGAAAUUGGGAGGAGGACGUAGAUAUGACGCCUGUUCAGCGCUGGGUGAGAAUCCUCCGGCGUCUAGACAGGCGGGAUUGGCACCGGAUCAUCUCCUCCGUAACUGCAGGACUAGGUUCAUCUGCCGAAAUGGUUGAGUUGGUCCUUAUUGAGGAACUAGAACGGCAAACCAGCACAUAG